UGGGCUGAGAAGUUGGUGAUUCUGUUGGUUCCUGGUGGUGAGUAGAGAGAUUGAAGGGGCCGGGCCCAUAGCGGAAAGAAAUGGCGAGUAUGGUUAACGAAAACGAGUGUGGAGGGGAAACACAGAGCCUUGAACCACAGGGACCGGGCCGGGGAGCGGCCAGAUGGGGUCCACAACACGCCGGUGCCCGAGAACUGGCUAAUUUGUACUCGCCAGGCAAAAGAUGUCAAGAAUGGAUCAGUGUCAUCCUCUGCUUCUCUCUCAUGGCCUUCAACCUCAUUUACCUCCUUGCCAAUUUCCACCAGGGACAUAUAUGGUCCAUCCUGCUGGGCAUUGUGGCAGGUAUCCUCACUGCAGACUUUGCAUCAGGAUUUGUUCACUGGGGGGCUGAUACGUGGGGAUCGGUAGAUCUACCCAUCUUUGGAAAGGCCUUUAUACGUCCAUUCAGAGAGCACCACAUCGACCCCACAGCCAUCACCCGUCACGACUUCAUUGAGACCAACGGUGACAACUGCAUGCUGACCAUAGUCCCUCUAGCAAACAUGGCCUAUAACUUUCUCACCUUCUCACCUGCGGAGAUUUACUAUAUCUACCCCCUGUACUGCUACCUGUAUGCACUGGCCAUCUUUGUGACUCUUACCAACCAGAUUCACAAGUGGUCUCACACAUACUUCGGGCUGCCUCGUUGGGUCGUGUUCCUGCAGGACUGCCACAUCAUCCUUCCCCGCAAGCACCACCGCAUCCAUCAUGUCUCUCCUCACGAGACCUACUUCUGCAUCACUACGGGUUGGCUGAACUACCCUUUGGAGAAGCUGGGUUUCUGGAGAUACUUGGAGGAUCUCAUCCAGGGUGUGACAGGAGAGAAGCCGAGGUCGGACGAUCUGAAAUGGGCUCAGAAAGUCAAGUAACACGGCGGGCUAACUGCACCCUACCUCAGACAACACUGGGUCCGUCCAGGCUUCUCAUCCCUUUUUUCCCCCCACACUUAGUUUUUAUUCCUAUGGACUUACAAUCUAACACUUUCUGAUGCCAUAGCUU